AUGGAGAAGCGACGAAGAGGCGGCGUGUCGUCCCUGAUGGUGCUGGCGGCGUUGUUGACGGUGGCCGCAAUGCCGUCGCCGCCCAGCGUGGAGGCCGCGCUGUCGCCGGACUACUACAAGGACAGCUGCCCGGACCUGGAGUCGAUCGUGCGGUACGAGGUGACGAGGAAGAAGAACGAGACGGUGGUCACCAUCCCGGCGACGCUCCGCCUUGUCUUCCACGACUGCAUGGUCGGGCUCAACAGCUGGUUACAUGCAUAUUGCCAAGAAUAUGACGAAGAUGCUGCCUUUGGCUGGCUCUCUGGUCUCUGCUAG